GAGGUAAAACAAUAAUUUCAUGCAACACAAUUCGAAUUACAAUCUGACGGGUCUAUUUCUUUUUCCAUACAGAAAUAACUUACGAACCAUUGAAUAAUACUGUGACGUUAGAAAAAAAAAUGGCACAGAAUUUGACCUGCAACCGUUUAUUGGAAAUUUUGUUAAUGGUUCAAAGAUGGAAAGAGAUAUUCCAAUACGGUGUACGAGAAAAAAACCGUAUCUGUUUUGCAACUACAAGGAAACAAAAACGAAAUGGGAACCUAUGAAUGUUGGUGGAACAAUAGCCGAGGUGAAGCGAGGCAAAAACGAUUCACUGCUAGUUUUGCCGAAGAGCUACCAAUGGAAACGACAACUAGCACCAUUAUCACAGCCUUUUAUGUCAUUAUGAUCGCAAUAGUUGCAAUCGGAAUCGGCACUAAAUUUUACCUCGAAAAAAAAAAUGCGGAAAUAGAACUAGAAAUCAUGCUGAAUGGAGACCUAAGUAGAAUCGACCCAGAUAUGCCAAUGGAAUAUAAAACGGAAUUCCUGCCCUACGAUAGGAAAAUGGGAAUUUCCAAGGAAAAGACUAAGACUUGGUUUGUUCCUAUUCAAUUUCUAAUAACCAGAAAAAUAGUUAUUACAAAUUCAAAUUAAAAGUCAAGAACUCGGAUCCGGUUGCUUCGGUUGAGUUGUCAAAGCAGAAGCCAUUGGCAUAAAAGAUUCUGACACAACUGUGACAAUAAUAGCAGUUAAAUAAUUAAAUCAUUACCGAAUUCUCACGGCGCACUUGACGCUCUCAUAAGAGAAUUUCAAAUUCUAAUUUAUUCAGGACCGCACUUAAAUGUUGUAAAUUUAAUGGGCGCCUGCACCAAAACUAAUCUUAAAGAUACAAUUCUGGUCAUAUUCAAUUUUUGCCGAUUCGGUAACUUACAGUCGUACUUAAUUAAUAACCGGGACAAGUUCAUUGACCAAUUAAACGGAGUUGUCAAUAUUCCACCUGACAGCAACAAGAUGGAUACCACACCUGCAAAUCAACCUGUUUCGAAUGAUUUAACGGAAGGCCGGAUGAAUGAAGCAGUGAAUUUAAAAGAGGAAGAUUCGAAAUCUCAACAACCAGCACAGGAAGUUAACAGCACGACCAAAACGGAAGAUUCAGAAGGAACUUUAAAUAAAAUGUUAAAAACGAGCGACUUGAUCUCCUGGUCAUUGCAAAUUUCUCGUGGGAUGUAA